GUUUUGUUUGGCUUUGCUCGCCCGGGAUGGGUGGGGGCGAGGGAGGCGGCAGGAGGGAAAGGGAGCGGAGCGAGAGUUGCUCGCCGGCGCUCCUGCAGCGAGGGAAGGACGGCGUCCUGUGGGCUCGCCCCUUCGCGCCCACCAGGAAAGCGGGCGCCUUUUUCGGGGAGACGCUGCCGAUGGAGCGCCCCGCGCCUCCCUCCCGGCAGCAGCGUUGGCGCCGCCUGUGCCCGCUCGCCUAGACGGGGGCCGUGCCUCUUCUAGGGUUAGGAUGGAGUAGCGGGCAGCGGUCGGCGUCGCUGGCUGGAGGCUGCCCGGCCACCUGGGGAUGCUUGGAGACGCCUAAGGCUGCCCCGACGGCCGCUCUCCCCUCAGAGGGCGCUGCGCUCGACCUCGUCUGUCAGCAUGGGCUCGCCCUGCCGCCGCCGCUGCUGCCGCGGAGGGACCCCUUGACGGCUUGCCUCUUCGUGGCCCUUUGCCUCCCCCCGGCAGAGGCGGGGAGGGGGCGUGCAGCUCUUGGCCCGGCUCUGCCGAGGGAAAAUGCUAGCCGGGGGGUUGCUGGCCGGUUUCUCCGUGCUCAGCCUGCUCACCUACGGCUAUCUGGCUUGGGACGCGGCUGGCGACCCCGAGAGCGCGGGCGCGACGGCCAAGUUGGAAGAAGGACCCGAAGCGGAGCCCGCCCCUCCUCCGCCACACCUCAUCUUCAUCCUGGCGGACGACCAGGGGUUCAGGGACGUGGGCUACCAUGGCUCGGAGAUCAGGACGCCCACCUUGGAUAAGUUGGCGGCGGAAGGGGUGAAGCUGGAGAACUACUACGUCCAGCCCAUGUGCACCCCGUCCAGGAGUCAGUUCAUCACGGGAAGGUAAGACGUUGGCGCUAGGGUUUUUUUUAGAGUUUAGAGGGUGGGUGUCAAUUUCAAUAACCCUUGAAAACUGAAAUUGGUGAGUGUCUGCGCCUGUCUUACCUCGCAAGAUGCCUCUUCUAAAAUCUCUCCUGCACAAGUAUGGUAAAUACAAACGGAGUUAUUGUGGCACAAGCUUUUGUGGACUAGGGUGUCUGAUGAAAUAGGUCUGUCGCCUUUAAAAGUGCCUGCAUGUGCUGUUGUAGACUUAGCACAGGUAUCCCCCUCCUGGAACAUCUGACAUUUAACUUUGCUUGGAAGUUUUGUCCUUAGCUGAGGUUUAGGAAAGUAGUGGGUUAAUGAGUGAACUAAAAUCAGAACUUGUGCUUUGUUAACUAAGCAUUUGGCAACUGAGAGCUACCCACUUCAUAAUAUUAUAACAGCUGAUUUGCAUGGAUAUACAGUGCAUAAAAGCCUCUUGUCACUCCAUUCAUGUGGAAGCUACCAGCAACUAGUGAACAUCAUUUGAGUUCUGUUUUUAUUAACACAGCUUGGGGGGGGUGUAGAAUCAGGAGCCUUGAGCCAGCAGGAGAGCCUCACCUGGAGAGUAAAACAGAAGUUCCAGGGGAAUGAAUGAAAGCUCAAGUUGUCCCAGUUUGUUGUCAUAUGCAAGUCCCCAUUCUUACUGCCAGAGACAAUCACUCAGACAGUUAUUGGCCAAUGCGAAAGAUGUCCAUUGAAACCUCAGUCCAAUGAGAAAGCCAAUUUGAGUUUAAAGCCAUAGUAAGCACUUUGGCAAGAACAUCUUAAAGAACUUAACCACAGCAUUGUUACACUGCUCAAUAUUGUCUGCAUCUUCAGCUGUUAAUGUUGUCAUAGCAUGAUGUGUCCGAGCGCAAAUUUUAAAAGGCUAUUUCUCCCGUUUCAUACCAUAUUAAUCCCAUUCACAAGCUUGUAUUUUAAAAGGCCAUAUCCUAGGAUCAAAAAUAUGCUAAUUGAAUCACUUGUUGACAUAUUGUAUUCCCAUAGUAUAAUUCCUCCUUGUAGAAAGUUAGAAAUGUGUUUUCAGUAUCACCAAAGCAGCUGAAAACAAACUUGUUAUUUAUGACACUUUAGAUGUGCAGUCCAUUUCACAAUCUUUAGCAUUCAUUCUGAUAACUGUGUACACUAGUUUCGCUAUUACUGUAGUUUUAUCAUUGCCCACUCAUCUUGGUUUUAAGCUUAGGGCUUCUAAGAUCAUGCCUGAUAUAGCUUCUGCUGAACAACAACGCUGGCCGUCAGCUUCUGCUGCUCAUAAUUAUGUGCAGUGUUAGGAUAACUCGCAACAGGUAAUGUAACAUACUUGAUCAUGAGAAGAGCAUGGAGUUCAUUUUUGGCCCUAAACUUUUUUUCCUAAGCGCAUAGGUCAGGAACCUGAAGUUAUGACGAUAGCACGUAUUCACAUCUAAGAUGCAAGUUUCCCCCCCUUGUCUGUUACUUUUAUUGUGGCUACCAUCAUUCUACGUAUAUUACAAAAAUUAUAAGACACGGGUGUACUCACAGAUAUGCAGUCUAAUAAAACAUGACAUAUGAAGGAACCUUUUCCUGUUGUGGACCAUUUCCAAGUAAAUUGUUCUCUUAUCCAUAAAUGAAACCUCCCACCUGGUGGCUGCUUCAGUAAUUACGUAUAUUUCAGGGCUGAAUCCACACAUUUGUGCACUGGGUGUGCAGGCAUGUCUGAAGCAGGGUGGGUACCAAAAUAUUAUUCCACUGAAAACGGAAAUGAUAUCUUUGUAUGCCUGUAUGUGUGGUGGCGUAUGAAGAAUCACAAAAGUUAGCAUGGAGCAUGAAUGCGGGCAGUGGGGAAGCACUCUCCUUUCACUCAUGUUAGUAUCAGCAAGGUUGUUUUAAUAAAAUGGAAACUGUUUUACUUCUGUUGGAACAGCUGGAAACAAAGUGAGAGCCAGAGUUAUGGAGCCACCAGUAAAUGCUCUGCAGAAAAGACCUACAGUUCACAGUCUGUUAGGCAGUCUGUUCAGGCUGCACGACAGUCAUUUGUUCAUCUGGCUAUGGAGUGUUUCUGUCCAGGUGAUGACCUGUCCCUGUUAAGUAUGGAACAACUGGAAGAUGACUCAGAACAGAACAAACCAAAUCCAAAGGAGCUUGGAUUACCAAUCUGGAUUGCCAACUAUAAAACACAUACUGUUUAAAUUAGGCAAGGAGUGAACUAAAACAAAUAGAUUGGGAGGAGGCUGAGGCUGCAGUUUUUUUAAGUGGAAUGUUGUGAAAAAUUAUUCUGAAAAUCCAGUUGCUGUAUUUUUUGAAGUGGUUUUAGGAAAACUAAGAUUUUUUUCAUGCACUUCCUUCUGAUUUUCUUUACAGUCUGCCAGACUGGCAUGAUGCAAACUUAUUUUCUUUGCCAUUUUACUUUCAGAGCAAGGGAUAGUCUACAACAAAAGUAACAAAAGUAAGAAAUAGAGUAAGGGUGUGACUGCAGAAGGGUUUGACCAGAGUGGAAUUAAGAGUACAUAAUAAAGUUAUUUCUCCUUUGUAUGAAUGCCAGAGAUGGAUUGUUGCAAUUCUCCAUUUCCUACUUCUGUAAUAUAAAUAAAUUCAUAUUAAAAUAGUGUGGGUUUUGCAUUAUGUGACUAUCUGGUCUACAGUAAGUUAAAUUCACACAUAAAAUAUUCAGCAAAAACUUGGUAAACUUGUAAUACAAUUGAUCUCAAGUUUAGAGGUUCCAGUUUUUGAGUUCCAGUUUUUGAGCUUUGGCCAACAUGUCCUUGCUGUUUAAAGAUGGCUCGUGCAUAGUAAACCCAGGAUGGUUGUCUCAGUUACCAAGAUUAUUAUGGAAGAUGGGGAACAAGGGAACAAGCAUGUGGUCUUAAAGGCGGUAAGUAUUUUAGAAAUUAGAAUUGGUGCCUUUAGACUUUGAAGGGAUCCAAUAUUUUUGUAAUGUGCUAAGAUCCAUCUGAACCUCACAGUUGGCUAAGGCCCUGAGGGAUAGUUCAGUCAGCAGAGCAUGAGACUCCUAAUCUAAGAGUUGUGGGUUCAAGCCCCACAUUGGGUGAAAGAUUCCUGCAUUGCAGGGGGUUGGACUAGAUGGUCCCUGUGUUCAAGAUCUACAGUUCUGUGCAAUCAUACACCAAACAUAUUAGUCAUCUUGAGGCUACAUGUAUGGCAGAGGUAAAGUGCAAACCCUGAAAAAGUAGAGUUGCAGCCUUUUCAUCAGAUGGUGUUGGUGUGCAGUAAACCGUUCCUAGGCCUAUAUGCAACUUGAAAUUCCUGGAACAGCUCUUGGACUCAGGAGCACUAUUAAGCUGCAGAACUUUGUCACUGCAGAACUUUGCCAUCAGUGACAAGAAACUGAUAAUAAUAAUCAGGGAUAAAGGUUCCUCUUCCCCAAGUUGUAAUUACUUCAGGGAUAUCCGGAUUCAACUUGAAUUCACUUGCUCACACAACCAUUUUCUGUUCAACACCAGAAGAAAUGAAUGCUGUGUGAAUCCUGGUUAAUGAAAAGGGAAGAUAAAAUAGCUACUCCACUCCACGUGGUGAAUUUCUGUCCUGGGCCGCUGAAGCUCAACUGAGAACAUUUAUUUUUCUGAAUAUUCCAAAAUUGCAAGCAUGUCCCCCUUUAUCUUUUCCACCCUCCAGCUCCAGACCAAACCGAUCCAGCUUCUUUAGCCUUCUCUCAAAUGAUGUUAUAGACUCUUUCCCAUGGCAUGUAUGUAAUUAAAGCAAAUUAAAACAAUGUAAAAAAAAUGUUUCUGGAAUAAAACAAAAUGGUCUUGUGUGGCAAAGUUGUCAGAAGGCAUUGUGUGCCAUGGAAAACAAGCAUUUAUGAGAGCCAUAAAAGAUUUAAUAAGAAAGCUAACUUCAGUAUUUUAUAUGAUCUGUCCCACAUGUCUAUGCACGUGUUUGGAGAGUGAUCGUAUUUCAUAUUUUUAUUUAUUAUUAUUAAUACUAAGUUUCAUAUAGAACAUAAAACUGAGUUCUCCUGAUUAGUGGUUGGAUGUAUUUUCAGCUGAGUAAAUGGGAACAUUCAGAGACCAUAGAACUAUGCUUCCUGGAUUACAUUAUUAUCAUUAAUAAUGAUGAUGAUAAAUUUAUUACCUUUCCCUCAACAGCAGGUCCCAGGGUGAAUUUAAAAUUCAGAUUUAAAGACAGUUAAAACAAAUUGCAGUCACAGGUAUAGAAAUAAGAAUACUGAAAAUGUUAUUAUAUUUAGAAGAAAAGCAUUAAUAAAACUAGCCCAGAUAUAUCACUAGAUUUCUUGUAUGGUGUAAUGCAGGGGACAGCAAACUUUUUCAGGAGGGGGCCGGUCCAUUGUCCCUCAGCCCUUGUGGGGGACCGGACCCACCCUUUCCCGAAAGGACUCCCUGCUGCCACUCAUCGUCAUUGUCCUUGGCCAGGGGUCUGUGGGGCGCAGAGCCCAUGCCGCUGGCCUGGGUAGUGGAGGCAGCCCCUCCCCGCCACCGCCACUUCCUCCUGCUCGGCUCUUUGCCAUACGCGGUCACCUCAGGGGGAAGGAAGGGGUGUUGCCCAGAGGCGUCCACGGCUUCGGAUUGGCUCCAGGAGUUUCCUGCAGCCAAUCCAAAGCCGUGCCAGCGUUGUCGCCUGCCCAGAGGCGUCCACAGCUUUAGAUUGGCUGUUGGAACAUUCUUGUAAAGUUAGUAGGAUGCCCUAAACCUGUGCCUUGUUCAAAAGCCCCUCACAAUGCCAACGUUCCAUCAGGGGAUAGAAAGGUAUUAUUGGGCUGAAAUUAGGAGCAUGCUUUUACCCAGCCACCCAUGAAUGGCGUAUCUUAAAUAUCCCUCUGGUUAUGCAUCUUGGCAGUUGCCUACACUGUAAUCUGAUAUGUGGGCCUUCCACCUCCAGCCCUAGUAUGUGGAAUAUAUUCCAGUUCCAUACUUUGCUUCGAGCUGCACUUGAGUAAUGCAUUUUGUUAUAAUUGUUAAAAAUUAUAGCUGUACACUUCCUUGACAUUCCCAAGGAGCUCACUCUUGAUUUAUUUGGAGGAUGAUUUUCUUUAUUCGGGAUGAUUUAAAUGAACCACAUAUCUUUAUUUGGCUGCACUGUACUACUGUAUUUCCAUGUUGACACAAUUUGAACUAUAUCUGUUCACAGCAAGUGGCUCACAAUUCUCUUCAUUUCUUUCAAAUGACAAAUGUAACAUACAUGUAAAUAGGGGAGAUCUUGAAGUUAUAAUACAGUUGGACAGCUUUUGAUGAAGUCCCAUGGCAAAGAUACCAGAGAAAAAUGGAAUAAGAGGACACAUUCUCCGAUAGGGAAUGUUUUUUGUUUGAUUGGUUUUUUUAAAGGAAGCAGAAUAUAGGGAUAAACGAACAGGUUUCAUAAUGGAAAUCUGUGCUGGAACUGGUGUUCGUAUUUACUGUGUUCAUAAAUACUUUGAGGUCAAGGUCAGCAAUGAUGUGGACAAAUGUGCAGGUGCCACCAAAGUAUUCAGGAUGGUGAAAUCCAAAGCAUAAUGUGAAAAGCUGCAGUACAGUGAGUCUAAACUCUUGGCAAGUGCAGCAAAACAGCAGACAAGGUCCAUUGUUAGAAAAUGUAAAAUGACACACAGUGGGACAAAAUCAACAAACAGUACCGCCUAGAAGCUUAUGGGAUUCAAUUGGUGCCCACGAGUGAUAUUAGGAUAAUGAUAGGUGGCUUACUACAAACAUUUAUGGCAGUAGCUAGAACAUAGGAUGGUGGUAACAGGGAGCAAAUUACACUCUUCUCUUGCCCCAGCCUGGUGGGAUUUUACAGCAUGGCAGGGCCAGUGCUACAGCUAUAGCUCUGCUACAAUGGCAGCUGGGGCCACAGGCAGUGACCAGUAGUUGGCCAACAGAGUCCAGUAGGGCUGGCAGAGGAACACCACUGCCCCAUCUAGCGCUCCCCACAAUCCCUAUGCAAAGGAUUGCUCUGCUAGUGUUUUGCAACAGUAAAAGAGGGAAAGAGGCAGAUUUAAAUAUUUUAAGGUAAGAAAGCAAAGUUCACAUCCUGUUUAAAAGGACAAUUUUGAAUUAAGCAAAACAAGAAAAGCUCUGAUGGUGUUUCCUGCUUGGCAGGGGGUUGGACUCGAUGGCCCUUGUGGUCUCUUCCAGCUCUAUGAUUCUAUGAUUCUAUGAUUCUAAGUGCUUUGAAUAUUUAAUUUAAUAAUGUAUCCUAAACUUGUGGGGUAUUUGUAUCGUAUUUGCUGCUAAAAAUAAAGUUGUGAAUAUUGUGUAGGAAUACAUUAGCCCAAACUCCUUAACAAUUAUGAAGUAAGUAAGUAAGUAGGUGUUAGACAAAUAUGUCAUUUUUAUGCUGCAUAAUAUUACAAUUUAAGGAGAUGAUAAAUAUUCCAGAUUAUAUUACUUGGCAGUGUUGCCUUUCUUCUUCCGGAUGAAAUUUCAUUUUAUGUCAUUUGGCAGAACUCAUUUGGUCCCACCAGGACUCCAUAAAAGUGCAUCAAGAGCCUGGGGUGCUUAUUUAUUCCAAGUCUGCACCCAUAUGACACUGUUCUAAAACAGCAAAUGAAUAUAUUUCCCAUUUAUUAGCAGAGCUGUUGGCGGUUUGUGACAGUACUCCUUCUGCAUCAAAUCAGAGGUCCGUCUAGCUCAGUUAGCCUGUCCUAAAUCAUAGUCUGAUUCAGCUUUUCAAGGGCGCCUAUAAUAACACUUAACACUGCUAGAAAUUUUUUUCCCAGUUUCUUCCAUUUGUCUCUGGCAAAGUUUGUAGACUCAGUGAUACACAAAAUAUUUAGGAAUCUGAAGAAUUCUAUGUUAGUGUUCUGACUUGCAUGCAUUUCUCAUAAGCAGGAGUGGAAUCCCGUGAGGUCUAGUGGUCAGCAUCUUAGCAGCUUUCUUCAUUGCCCCUAUAACACAGAAAAUUCUCCUGGAUAACAUCAGAAAUAUCCGCUCAUCUGGAGACUCGGGGGCGGUGGCAUCUGCUGCAUGGUGUGGCCCUGGCUACUCCAUGUGGGGGGACCACCAUCUUCCCACGUGGCUGGAGAAGAGGAGGGUCAUUUGGCACCACCCUCCUCCGGUUGCUCUGGAUCACUGGAGUGGGCGGGCACUGGCCUGCAAACCAAUUAGGCACAGGGCCGUAGGGAUGGACUGGACCCAUUCCUACUGUACUGUAUUUAGAUGGCUCACCCCUGAUUUUUGCUGCUGUUGUUCCACUUGUAUUCUUAACUGGCAGGCUUUGGGUUUGAAGUCUGGUUUCCCACACACCCCACUCAACCUUUUCAGUGCCAGGCUGUACAAAAGUAAUUCUCCUGUGAAAAGUUACCAAGUUAAAAACAAUAUUUUCUUAUUCCACUAAUCUGCUUCAAGUGUUUGAUGAGUCAUCUCUACUCAUCAUAGUAACAAAGAAAAGCCCAAAACAAACUAGCUGACUUCUUCCAUGGGAAUAACGUAGCAAAGCAAGAAAAAUGAUUUGUUUUUCUAUAUCUGAUGGAAACCACUGAAUGUAAAGAAGGGGUCAGUCAAAUCAGUACUUUAUGGUGCUGAAGGUUAUAAACUAAAAUUGAGCUGAAGGACAAUUCAUACAUUUCCCCACCCCCCCUCUAAGAUUAUGCAGAUACAAGAGUCCACUGGAAUUUCCAACAACCUUAAAAAUCAUUUAAAAAGUGAAGCAGCUACACCACAAGACAGAAUAAUUCAGACAUGACACAUAACUAGUACUGUAAGGGUGGAAAUGCACAUUCCCAUCACCAUGGCAGUACUGAUGGAAGUGCACAUGUCUUCAUUCAAACUCUGGCAGCACAGAUGAGGGUUCCAUUGGGUUCUUUGCAUCUGGAUGCAUGGCUGGUGCACAUCCAGACAUGAAUCUGCAUCCAAUCUGCACAGCUCCCAGUCCACCAAAGGAAUCUGCUGAUGGAAGUUUGAUUGAGUGCAACAGCUGAUACAGUAUCCAUGUGUUAUCACUUCAUGCAUUACAUACUUUUUCCAGGUUAGCAGAAGCACAAAGACCGCGCAGAUCAGGAAAAUAAAGAACCAAAUUAGGUAUAUGUUUCAGGUAGGAUUGGUUUUAGCUGAACAUAAAAGCAAAAGGAAGAGCUGAUUUGUAAGCAGGUAUCAGAAGACAAAGGCCCCAUCUGCACUAUACAUUUAAAGCAGUAUCAUAGAAUCAUAGAUUUUUGGAGUUGGAAGGGACCAAAUGUCAUCCAGUCCAACUCCCUGCAAUGCAGGAAUCUCAACUAAAGCAUCCAUGACAGAUGACCACUCAACCUAUGCUUAAAACCUCAAAGGAAGGAGAGUCCACCACACUCUGAGGGAGUCUGUUCCAUUGUCAAACAGCUCUUACCACCAGGAGGUUCUUCCUGAUGUUUAGUCAGAAUCUCCUUUCAUGUAACUUUAAUCCAUUGGUUUGAAUCCUACUCCCCGGAGCAGGAGGGAACAAGCUUGCUGCAUGCGACAGUCCUUUAUUUAUUUCAAAAUGGCUAUCAUCUCUCUUCUCAGUCUCCUCUUUUCCAGGCUAAACAUAACCAGUCCCUCAGCUGUUCCUUAUAAGGCUUGAUUUCCAGACCCUUUAUCAUCUUGGUUGCCUUCCUCUGCACGUUCUCCAGCUUGUCAAUAUCCUUCUUAAAUUGUGGUGCCCAGAACUGGACAUAGUAUUCCAGGUGUGGUCUGAGCAAGGUAGAAUAGAGUGGUGCUUUUUUUGAUGCUACACCACACUGUUCAUAUUCUUGCAACACCUAACACAGCCCAACACAGCUAUAUUUAUAUUCAGGAGUGGCCUGAGGUGUUUCGGCACCUGACAUGAAAUGCCCUGCUGUUGCCCCUGUGAUAGGAGUGCAAACUCAAUAGGGAGUCUUACCUGCCGGGAAGUGGGUGGGAAGAUCUUUUCUGGGUCCUCACACUUGCCAGUGGGGCUUUGCAUUGGCUAUUCCCUUCAGCAGAAUCCAAUGCAAAGUCCCAACACACCAUGGGGUGGGAGGAGCAGGGGAGAUCUCUCCCCCCCCCCCAAGCAGCAAAGCUGGGUGACAGAAUACCUCCCCUCUCGCUGACUCGGCAGGAGGGGGGGCAUUCCCCAGAGCUUUGCCACCAGUCCCUCUCUGCCCCUAGAGUUUGGCGAGACUGGCAGCAGAGCUGGGUGGUAGAACCGGCAUUCCACCCCUGGGAGGAUGCUGCUUGAGGCAGCCACGUCACCCAGCCUCAUGGGUGGACCGGCUCUGUUUAUAUGGGAAUGGGACAAAUUAUUCAGAACAUGCUGACUUUGUACAGUGAAUCUCUUCUAUAAGUUUCCAUUGUUUCUUUCCUCUAAGUUCAGUUAAAAAGGUGGCAGAAAGAAAGGGGCACCUUCUGCUAUCUUUAAUAAACCUUGAAAUAUGCAAUUACCCCAAAACACCUGGAAAAUGUUCAGUGGUAUCUAAUCAAAUAAAUAUUGAGAGUGGGGAUAUAAAAAUUAAUCUGUCUUAUGGGGCUGCACUGCCAGAUGAGGUUACCCAGUUGGGUUCACCUUUUCUUCAAAUCAAUCCAUGCUUGCCUGAUUUACUACAAGUCCUGGAAUUCACUUCUUUGGUUACUGCAAGCUUGUCUCCGCCAUAAAAGUGUAAUCCAGUACCCGUUGCUCUGCAACUUGAUAUGAGAUGAGAAUGAGGUGUUUCUAGGGAAGCAGAUGUUUGAUUCACAUGUAUAGAAUCCUAGAUCCAAAUCUUUCUAAACAAUGGGUAGAUUUGUUGAACUUGGCUUGUUCGACAUGGCCAGGGUUCCAUUAAGCAGGGUGGAACAUGUCAAUUUGACGGCAAGGUAGCCAUUUGAGCAUACCAUGGAACUCCUUUGUGUAACAAUCCCUGCACUUGUGUGUUUGCUGCUGUUAAAAAAAAAACACCCUAUACCCUGCAGUACGGAAGAGAAAAAAGUGUGUGUGUUAGGAUAUGAGCCAACAAUACUGAGCCUUUAGGAUAAAGUCUUUCUGGAAUGUAUUACUUUAUUUCCAUUAGUAUUUCACACUUUCCCAAAGGCCCAAGGCAAGCCAUAAGAUGUGUUAAACACAAGUACAGCAUACUAAUAGAAAACAUAAAAACCAAUGACUUAUAAUAACCUGAUCCUUGCUUAGCCUGUAUAAGUGGCGGCACUGCAGGAAAUGGGGGAGGGAAAAUAUAGGACAAAAUAGGUUGUGGGGGUAAGCUCUGUUUUACAUGUAUUAAUAAAGCUCUUGGAGGGGAAGACAGUAAACUCAUCUGCUUGUUCAGCACCUGUACUUUGAAUGCUGUCCAGCUUUUGGUGGAUUGUGCGAGUAAUUAGGAGGUAUGCAUCCUCCACGCUUCUUCUGCUACUGUCUUAAGGCACAGGUGAAACUCUGUGCUCUAACAGAAGAACAGAAGAUCUGGCCCAAAGGCCUAUCUCGUCCCACAGUGGCCAACCAGAUGCCUGUGGGAAGCCCUCAAUAGGAUAGGAGUGCAUUAAACCUUUCAUUCUGCUGUUCCUCUGCAGCUGGUAUUCAGAGACAUACUGCCUCUGAUCCAUUAAUUUGUCUAAACAGCUUUGGAAUCUACCAGGGUUUGUGGACAUUACUACUAUAUCUUGUGGUAGUGAAUUGCGUGAUUUAGCUAUGCACUGUGUGAAGAAGCACAUCCUUCCCACCUGAAUCUUCCACUGUUCAGCUUCUUUGGGUGACCUCCAGUCCUAUUAUUCUUGAGAGAGGGAGAAAAAGUUCUCACUGUCCACUUUUUCAAUGUCUUGCAUCAGUUUAUAAACUUCUGUCACGUUUCCCUUUACUUUACUUUCCCCCCUUAAAAUUAAAAAUCCCCAAGCAUUGUAACCUUCCUUUAUGGCGGAGUUGCCCCCUGAAAAAAAUUGGACUUCUAGUUCUCUGACAGUGUUGGUUUGCCUUUUUUGAGAUGUCUAGACCAAAAUUGUACACGGUAAUGCACGGCCUUUGAAGAGCGAGUUAAUCUUCAAGAAUGGGAAAAUUCUCAGGACAUAAAGGAAGGUGGGACUAUGGGCUUGCCAUUAAAGAUGAGGUGGUUGAGGAUUUCUUCUCCAACUCCUUUUAAAAUAGAAUAUCUCUAUCAUCUCUAUCUCUAUCUCUAUCAUCUCUGUUUCUAUCUAUCUCUAUCUCUAUCUGAACUGCCCUCAGCAACCUAGUGACAUUCCCUUUUCAUUUAGGAUAAAAUGCCCUAUGGAAGCAACACUCCAUCGUGAUUUAGCAUUGCUUCAAGGGCAGUGGUGUUGGGGUUUUUUGCAGGCUGGGGUGGGAUAGGAAAAUAGCUUCCUCCAUUUCCCAAUAGGUAUGUGGAUUUCAUUACAGACAUUCUGGUUUAAUAUUGUGCAUUGAGAAGGGAGAAGGAAAGGUGCAGUGGAUGAAUGUCAUGUACAAGCCAUCGGCUGGGACUGGUGGGAACUGGAGUCUGAAGAACAUUAUGGAGGGCACCAUGUUGACUAGUCUCUUAAUGAUGGCUAUUAUAACAUUGAUGGCAUUUCACAGGUUAUGGGGUAGAUGAUUUUGUAGUGGGAGCUCCAGCUCCUUCCACUUCUAUUGCUGCCACUUUCAGACUUGCCCCCUGAAUCCACCCUGUUGCUACUGUUUAUCUGUCACUUUAGCAAAGAGUCCUAAUUUUCUUUUGUUGUUUUUGAAUGUUGGUAUUGCUCCACCUUGGGCAAUUUGGUGGGGAGGCAGCAUCUAAGAUAGACAGGGAGUUUAAAGGCUCCGUGUAGCCUAGCACUGCAGAUUGGCAUGUAUGACACGUUGAAUUUAACAAGCUAAUUUGAUCCUGUUUUCCUUAGGAGCUGUUUAAUUUGUGGUCUGCAUAUUUCUUAAUCUGUGGCUAUUCCAGAGGAAAAAUUGCACCUAUUACUGCACUGCAAAGCUAUCUGUGACAGUUGGUGCUGAUAUAAUACCAGCCAGGGAACAGUGGAAUUAAAGCAUUUCAAAUAUGCCUAGUGCUGUUUGCUUAUCAGCUGCUAAUACCAGGCAUAAAAUUAUGUAGGUUAUGUUGAGCCAAACUAAAAUGAUUUCCUUAUAUAAACUGUUUUUAUUACCAAAUUAAUCUUUUGGGCACUUUCAACUUAUAAAAUCCAACUUUUAAGUCUCCUCACAUUACUGGAAAGCCAUAGAGGCAGACAUUUUGUUGCCCGGGACAAGGUGCAUGGUACCCUUUACCAGACACAUUUUUGGGGCAUCUGAGGCUGAAAACCCCACAAGUACUUCUUUCCCCUCUACUCCCUGGUAGUAAAAAUACUACAACAAUAAAUUAAAUAGCUAACCAUUUUUUGCCCUUUCAUGACACCCAAAUUAUCUGCUUGAGGUGGCCUCCCAUUCUACCUAAUAGUAGGGCUGGCGCUGCAAGGGGGGCAAAUAUGCUCACAGUUACACCAAGUGUGAUCACAAAUCACUUUCUGCCAAAUAGUUACAGAGCGAUCCUGUAGAUCGCAGGAGGCAUUCUGUUGUACAAGUAGGAUUAUGUGGUUUGUGGAAUAAACUACAUAUUUCCUGCUUCAACAAACAGCCGAUAAUUGGAAGCAUGAUUUUGCCCUGCGAUAAGCAGUACUGGGUGCAAAAUAGUCAUAUAUGGGGUGAUGUUGAAAAUCACUUGUUGGGGGGAUUUAAGCAACCCACUCUCUCCCAGCUUCAGCCCCUCAUUCCCAAUAUGCAAUAAGGGGAAUAAUACUGCUGAUUUAUCUUUCACCAUUGGUCUGAUCCAGCAGGCUAUUCUCCUGUUCUUAAUGGUGUGGAACCUGUAGCCUUCCAUAUAUUGUCAGACUCCAGCUCCCAUCAACCCCAACCAGUCUGCCUGGCCAAUGGCUGGGGAUGAUGGGAAUUGAACUCAGCAACAUAAGAGGGACAUACAGGUUUUUUGUCCCACCCUUACAGGGUUGUUGUAGGAAUUGCAACUACAUAAUGCAUUUGAAGUGCUUUUAAUGAUAUACAAAUACCACUGCAAGAUCAAGUACCUGGUAAUAAAAUUACCAUGCAUUGCAGAUGUACCAAAUAAUACUGUGGCCCAAGAUUUUCUAAGUUAGAAGAAAACAACAACAUUGUGUAUAGUUUAUGGAUUGUAAAUUUAAAGAUCACGUUACAGACUAUUAAAAUAUUAUGAUAGAUAUAAAAUGACAUGCUUCAGAACUUAAUGCAGCAAGUACCGGUAGUUUAUGGACUGUAGGAGAAGGAAAUUUCAUAAGAAUCUCUGCAAAUUUUGCUGGCCCUGCUAAUCUAAAUCUCCUGGGAAAGGGAAGGCAGUCCUGUUUGGAGCUGGAACUAUAUUUUUAAGGGGGGGUUCACUGCAUAAAAAUACAAAAUAAAAACCCAAAAUACUUAAUAAAAACAAGACAAACCAACAAUGCCGCCCCCUGAAAAACACACAUUUAAAAUGACAUAGAAUGUUAAAUCAGCCAAAGGCCUGGUUGAAGAAGAACAUUUUUGCCUGGCGCCUAAAGGUGUAUAAUGAUGAACCUCCCUGGGGAGAGCGUUCCACAAAUGGGGAGCCACUGCAGAAAAGACUUGUUCUUGUAUUGCUGCCCUCUGGACCUCUCAUGCAGAAGUCGCAUGAAAAAGACCCAUCCUAAUAGAUCCCCCACCUCUACAGAGGGGAAAAGAUGCUGAAAGCAUAAAUCUCAACAGGACAUGAUCUGACUAUGACAAGGGGUAGACUACAAACAGUGGAAUUCCCAGCAAGAAAUUGAUGCUACACAUGCUCUGCACAGCAUCAGGGACUUAGAGUCUCUGUCUACAAUGGGCUCGGACUGUCUAGAAGAAAAAUUUGUUGGUCUUCAGGAAGGAAGAGUAUGCAAAGACAGGCACUUCUCAAGCACUCUUGAGGCUUGCAAGUGCUUGUUGGAAUGCAUGCAAAGCUUCAAGCCCUUUCAGGAUGAAAGGGAUGGCAAUGGCCCAUCCCCAUUACAACCUGGCAGAGAGAACUCUUGGAAAACAAAUAAGGUUUCCCCUCCUUAUGCAGUCAGCAUGAAAGCUCAUAAUAAUCAAGUCUACUUAACAUCUGAGCCAAGGUUAGUUUGACCUCCACUAGCUUUUGGAGCAAUUGACUCCUGCCUCUCUGUAAAGAUGCUUAGGUAAUUUCAAAGAAGCUCAGUAAAAGGAAUUAUAGGCCACAGAUACUGCACCCAUGUGGAUGGCAAGAUCUGGGAUGUGCAAGGGCAAAAAAGGACAGGGGUAGAACAUUGUAUUGCAAAAUAGCCACUCUUUGUGGAUGGUGCACAACAGUGUUUUAAACACCUUUUCUUCUGCAAAGUGUGUUGAUUUAGUUAGGUGAAUCACCCAAAUUCUCUUGUGUUAGGUAAAGGUAAAGGGACCCCUGACUGUUAAGUCCAGUCGCGGAUGACUCUGGGGUUGCGGCGCUCAUCUCGCUUUAUUGGCCGAGGGAGCCGGCGUACAGUUUCUGGGUCAUGUGGCCAGCAUGACUAAGCCGCUCCUGGCAAGCCAGAGCAGUUCACUGAAACACCGUUUACCUUCCCACCGGAGCGAUACCUAUUUAUCUACUUGCACUUUGACGUGCUUUCGAACUGCUAGGUUAGCAGGAUCAGGGACCAGGCACGGGAGCUCACCCCGUCGCAGGGAUUUGAACCGCCGACCUUCUGAUCGGCAAGUCCUAAGUUUUCACUGACCAGUCUUAUGUCAAAGUGGUGCUUCUACAUGGUAGUUUGUUGCAGAAUUGAUGUUGGCACUGCAACAGCAAGGAUCACUCUGUGUCUUAAUUAAAGGCUAAUUCUGUUAUCGAUAAGUCAGCUAACAAAGAGGGAGGUGGUCUUGUUUAGCAACCAGGCAUAACGUUGUGCUCUCUACUGAGGUAGCAUGUUUUCUAAUUGGCUGUGUAGUUCUGAGAUAUUUUUUCCUCUACACGUUUCAUUGAAUAUCUCUCUACGAGGCCUGAACUAAAAAGACAAAGCCUCUUCGUUGCUUUCCCCUCAAAUUAUGCACCGUUUUAAUUCAGCUUGCUCAGUAAAGUGUUAUCAGGUCUUUUCUCUCUCUCUGGACUCCAUUUGUGUUAAUUAGGUGACUCUGCUAGCACUUGGUAUUGCUUAUGUAUGCAGUUUUUCCACAGGAUCCACACAAUGUUUUAAUCAAAAUGGCAUCCCUUUCCCUCCUUCGCUGCCUGGAUAUAAUACAGAUUUACCAUUUCUAUGGGGUCUUUUUUCCUUACCAAAUUUUCCAUGGAAGCAAUAUAUCCUAACUGAAUGGAAAAAUAAUACGAGACAGCAUUUUGAUUAUGGUGGCAUCAUGUGGACAAGUUCGCAAUAAACCCAAGGAGCCUCAUUCCCACGUUAUACUGACUUGUUGAUAUUUCUAUCAUAGAGUCAUGGGCAGAGCCAUGGAGAAGCAGCUCCCACUCAGAAAUAACAGCUGAAAGCAAGAAAUAAUCUAUUACAUUUUGGAAGAGAGUGCACUGUUUUAUAAGAAAUUUGUCAUUAAAUAUGGGGCAGGAACACAGUUGUUUUCCCCCCUUUUUUGCAUUUUGCACAAAGUUAUAUAGAUAUUUUGUUUUAUCUCUAUAAUUCGUAGCCUACCAUCGUAACGCUAUUCAGUGAUGGCUUCAGGUGAUGAUUCCUUUUAGAUCACACCAGGCCUUUAAACACUGUUUAUAAAGCAACUGGAAGAGACUGCCAUAAUUGGAAAGAGUUUGACCUUGUGUUUCUGAGAAGUCAUAUAAGCACAUUCCUCAGGAGCUAUGUAGGAGGAAGCAUUUUGUCUGGGAACAGCGAAAGAGUUUACGCAAGCAAGAUACUGCUCUUUGAAAAACUGAGUUCUUUUGUGUGGCAUCCCUUUCUCACCAUGAUAAUGAACCAUUUUUAGAGGUGCUCUUCAUUUCAGCAAGCAACAUGCUCUGUGAUUCCUACCUGUUCACAUAUGUUCUUUUGUUUCCAGAGGCAUUUUCGUGUUGUAGAUUUCCUUCACCAUCUCAUGAACACAUGCUAAAAGUCAUGCAUACAUUUUAAAAUGUUCUUAGGGAACAUUUUGUACUUUACACCGGUAUUAUCAUGCCAAAAAUACAUAUAAGCACAAUUCAUCACUAUGAAAGGGAAUGUGUCACAGAUAUCCCCCCUCCCCCAAUAGAAAGCAAAACAGUAUUCAUCUUUAUCAGAGAUCUUGAAUUUGAGAAUUCAAACAGACGUCUGGUCAAGUCAAAUGUUCAUUAUCAACAGAGGUGAGUUGGGGAAGGCAGAUGGGCAGAGGAGAUACAUAAAAGUCAAAGUCACAUUCCAUAUCCAGUUUAGAAAGUAACAUCAGAUCUGGCACUGUGUUUAGGAGAAGAGUUUUUAUAGGUAUAUUUCUGUCAUAUUUUAAAAAGGCAUUCAGGUUCCUCUAAUUUAGCUGUUAGAUUAGGAAUGCAGAUGGAACUUUCCUGCCUUGUGAAGAUGCAAAGUCCUCUGCUGUUGCCACAUGAAAUUUACCACAUGAUUGGAAGAAUGGGAUUCAGGAGCUUAAUUAUACACCUUCUGCUAGCCAGACAAGAUAUGAAAUGCAGAGAUAAAGGUCUGGAAACCUUAUGGAGGGCACCUAUCAGGAAAGGCCUUUGAAUCUAUGUCUACUUAUCAAAAAAUACUUUAUUUAGAAUAGAGUACUUACAUCUCACUUCAUAGCCUUCAAAGGCUCCAAGUGGCUUACUAAAUAUUUGCACAGUACAAGUUAUUGUAUUACCAUCAUAUUUUAAUACAAAUCCAGGUGCAUUUUUCCUAGAAGAACAAACUAGAAGACAACCUUUUCAAUUUAUGAACUUGAUUACGAUGGGGAGGGGAUACCUGUGGAUUAAGUUGGACAAACUUGUUUCAGUCAGCAGAAAAAGAAAGAAAACCACUUAAAACACCAGUAAAAGGACAUAUAGCAUGCAUGUUAUAUACUGUAUGUAAGGAAGGGUCUGUUGUGAAGUCGGCGGUAAAAACCACAAAUCUAUGAUUACCCAGGCUAGGAAUCAAAGGAAAGCACUCAAGAAGUUUAGCAACAUUCUAAAAUUGCUCAUGUUUUUAAGUGACGUUUGUUCCUUUUUCCACUGUAAAGUUGUUUAGGCUUAAACAAGCUCAACUAACUGAGCCCAUAGUAACCUCUUCCAGCCAUAAUAAAUCCCCUAAACUGAAAAUCUCUGGCUUUAGCUUGCUUUAGCUCAGCCCUUCCUAUUUGCUUGUUGAAUGACUGUUCUGGUUAUUCGGCAAGCGCCAUAAGAAAUGCGGACUCACGUUGCACCAGAUCUUUAUAGUCCACAGCAGUAGCGCUGCUGGCUGUCUCUAGAUUGCUUGCCGUGCUCCAUCUCUGACUUCUCCCUGUCAGAGGCCUGAUUUAACUGGCCUUCUUUCUUAUGUGCUUCCCUGACCUGGAGGGCUAGAACUGUGUCCAGUAGACUGCCUGUAGUUCCAGUCUUGGCUUGUUUCAGCAUAUGUUCUUUGGUGCAUCGUUCUACAGAAACCAUUGGAUGGGCCUAGGGACUCUAGUUUGAUUAGCUUUAGGCUUUCUUCCUGGCUUUAGCUCCAGAGUUGUCUUGUCAGCAUGGUCCUGACAGCCCUCAAGUGGCAGAUCUCAACUGUAAGCCUUUGUCAGCAGACACAGCGCAAUAUCUGCAUGGUAGAUCUGUCUUAAUGCUGCUUUAUCUCAACAGUGCCAAGUAUGGCAUUUGCUGUUCUGUUCUUCAGUGUGAGCCAUGGAGUUGGAUGUCUUUUUGCUGCUUCUUGGGUUUUUUUGUGUGGGAUUACUCUUUGUUGACUCUAGAAGAUAUAAUGAAUCUGCAAUAACACAAGAGACACAACCCUGGAAGGAGAAAGCCUAGAUUCAUCCUGUGGAUCACAGAAGUAUAAUUCACAAAAUAUUUAUGUACUGCUGUAUAAAUAAAGGGGGAAGUGGAAGCUUAUGAGACUUAGCGGAAAACUGACAUGUCAGCAUCAAAUGUUCCCAUAACCAAAUUCAGUAUACAUUUUUCAAGAACAAGGAUGUCUGAUUCUUUCCCCCUCCUUAUACCCUUAAACUUAUUUCGAAAUACACUAUAUUUCUCAAUAUACUAAUGACAACACAUCCCUUUGGAACUGCUUACUUGUCCCUACACCAUAGCAACUGGUGUAAAUGAAACCAAUGUGGUACCUGAUGUUUCCUGCAUCUGAUGCAGUCGAUAAAUGGUAACAAAGGCAAGGCAGCUAUUGGCAGCCCAUCUUCUAGCAUUCUUAAAUAUCUCUGGACCCCAACUAGGCAAUUACUGAAAUAAUAAAAUGUUCAAAGGUCAUGAAAAGAAGAGAAGGCCUUUUAUUUCACAUCAGGUAUACAGUGACCCCUAAUCAGUGUGCUGUGUCAUCACUUCUAAAUUAAUUUGAUGAGAAUUUACAUUCCGCAUUGCAUAAAUCUGUUUGAAUGCCUAAGAGGUAUACUAAAAAAAAUAAAAAAUGUCAGGCAGAGCCAAAUGCCAAUGUGCUCUCUUAAAUACCCCAGCAACAACAGAGAAGUAGGCUUUUUUAAUAAAGGACACCUGGAAAAAUCUGGAAAGGGAAGGUUAAUUGAUGGUCAGUUGAAUUCAUUGCAACUAGGUUGUCUUGUAUUCCUUUGAUGUUUCUGGGAUCCCCAACUGUUGCUUGCUGAAGGUGCUUGCUUUUCAGCCAGAAAGACUUGCAUUGAGUUUAGUUAAAAGCUGUUAAGUGAUAUAUUGGCGAGGGCUUUGGGUUGCAGUUUAUGUUCUCAGUGAGCCUGAGUUGGAUAGCUGGAACUAAAAAUUGUACAAAUUGUGACUGACCCUAAGAUUGGUUAAUCUGCCUGGGUGUUUUCAUCUUUUAAAGCAGCAGUUGCUCCCAUUUUUCUAUCUAUCUCUCCCAGCUACUAAAAUAUAAAACUUAGUUUCCAGAAUGUUUGCAGCUCAAGGCAAUGAAUCUGAAAGGACUUUCCAAAUCACUUGUUCUGUCAGUCUAGCCCCUGAAAAAUUUGGACUGUUCAUUCCUUGACUUUGUUUGAAAUGAGCACCACUGUGGGCCAUCCUGUAGGUAAAUUAAUUGAUAAUGGAUGGAGUAGCGCGUUUUCUGAGAAUUGGCUCCUAAGACUACCCAAUGAAACUUAUAAUAUUGUACCUCCUGACUAGCAGCCUACCUUUUGUUACGAAGCACUCUGCCCCUCCCCGAGCCCUAACCUUACCACCCUAUUCCUUGGGUAUCUUGUUCGCUCAGGAAACCAAGUCUUCCCACAAUAGACCAUGAUGUGUUUUGUUUCAAAGCUGUUCCAUGGUUCAGUUUUCUCACUCAGGCUUCUAGCCUACUCAACUUCAUGGAGCCUUCACAUAACCUAAUAACACCUUUGCCUCCUCUUCACAGUUCCCUUGCCUCUAUCCAUGUUUGUUAUUUUUCCUUGGGCUGGUUAGGAACCUUAAGGAAACCCAUAAAGAAACUUCUACUUUUGAACCAUAUUGGAAGGGUUUUAGGAGCCCAAACUAAUGCUAGAUAUAAAGGCAUAAUGCAGUCUCCCCCGUGGUGUGGAAUGCUUCUGGAUAAAAGACUUCAAAAUAUCAUGCCUCCACAGUUACACAUGCAGACAUGUGUGUUAAAGUGUGAUUAGGCACAUGUCCUGGCUUACUGUCGGGGAAGAGCUGUAGCUCAUUGGGAAAUCCACGUUCAGUCCCUUGCAUCUCCUGGUAGGGCUGUGAAAGGCCUCUGAGAGCCAUUGUUAGUCAAUGUAGACAACACCAAGCAGUCAGUUCUGAGCCAGCUGGAUAACUCAUCUAACCCAGUACAAGGCAGCCUGUCAGGCACGCUUUGACUUUAAUUUCAUAACACACAUGAAAAGCAUGAAUGUUGGUUAAAACCCAGCAUACACAUUUGUCACACUGAGUAUUAAAGACACACACCCUUCUAUUCACAUUGAAGCUGUUCAUUCUUGGAAGCAAAACUUAGUUUCUCUUAGAAGAUUAUGAACUAAUUUCUGGCAUGAAUUCAACCUUGGGUACCUGUUGUUGCAAUAGCAUCAUCUUUUAUUAGGCUGCCAAGUGUAUACGCAACAUUUCAUACUGAAAGUACAAAGGCUUUAUGUGGACACCAUAAUCUGGUGCAUAAACCUUUAUUAUUUUGUGACAAUCGCAUAUAUUUUUAGACCUUCGAAGGAAAGCUUACUUUGACUUCCUUAUUUGCAGAACAACUCAAUAUGGCAAGGGCAAGUCAGGAUUAAAAAAACACAGUGGGGCCCUGUUUCUGAUCUACUCUUAGGCAGCAAAAUUUCUGUUCAUUUAGAUCAGAGGGGGACAAUCCAUGGGCCAUACCAGCCCCCAGCCCCUGCUUUCCAUGUGUCCUCUCAAGACCCCUCCCAACUUAGGAAUUUAAAGAUCUGCAUUUUAAGAAAUUAAAAUGCACAAUACUGCCUAAAAGCACAGCUAGGUCACACACACACACCCCCUGCAAAACAUGGAUCCAAGCUGGUUUAAGGGAAAAUUCAUCAGAAUACAAUAGUUCUCAAUAAACAACAGGGUAGAUAUUGCUAUGUCCACCACUACUCAAACCAGCAGUGGAGAAUGUUCUGGAUGCAAAGUAAAUGGGAGUGUGUACACAGCCACAGAAUAUACACUACUACUGUGGCUUCUAAAAUGUAAUUAUAUUUUUUUUUUAAAAAAAAAUUAAUUAAGCUACACAUUUCACCCCUGGGAUAUUUCAUCAAAACAUUCACAUGCAUGCUUGGUAAUUACUUCUAUCCUGUCUAUAAAUUAUGAAGUUGUCGCUAUUGGCUCAUUCAUUAUUUCAGUCAGAAUGCCUCCAGAGGCAUUUGCGUAUUAAUUUGAAUUUCUAACCAGCCCCGUUUGUAGGCUUAGAGUAAAAAAAACAAAAACAAACCCUCCAACAUCCAAUAGCUAACAAUAUCAAAUAUGCUAAAAAUGGAGAUUAAAAAUAUACAACCUAAAAUUUUCCCAUGCCAAUCCCCAGUAACGGAAAGCAUGGUUAGUGAAGUCUUAAAUAGUUUGUGGGAAAUUCAUGUGUUCAUACUUUAGCAAAUCAGAGAGAGUGAAUUCCCAAGACCAGAGAUCGUCUGCUGAGCAAGCCCUUGUCAGACUUGUGUGAUGGAGACCAAGGAGCUGCUUAAAGGGCUGCUUUCAGCAGUAGUGGGAAAGGAAUGAAUUAUGGGUAAGGACUGUUAGAAGACUGGUAAUGCCCAGCGCCUUGGGUUAGGAUCACGGGGAGCUGCCUGAUGCCAAGUCAGACCAUUGGUCUCUUUAGUCCACAUUGACCGAGAGUGGAUCAUGAAGUUUUCUCUCCUUGCCCUACGUUGAGAUGCUGAGGAUUGAGCCAAAGACCUUUUGCAUUAAAAACAUGCGCUCUGUGACUGAGCCUCAGCCCAUCCUAAAGUAUGAGAUUAUGUUUGAGAGGCACACAAAGCCUCUGAUGCUUCUGGUAAUUCCCUUGACACGAUUAGGCAGUUUUCUUUAUACCAGAUGUAAACUUCAAGCAGCACAGAACUCAUUGGAACAGACUCUCUUUAGGGAGGGUGGUGGAUGGUUGCUAGAUCCCAGAUCAGUAGGGAGGGUUACUGCUGUCUUUCAAGACUAGGCAAAAGGCAUACUUGGCCAUUGCCCGUAAUGGUUACAUUAUUAAAGCAGGAGCAGUUUAAGUAAAACCACAAUGAUCAUGCAUAUAAAGUAUAUCGUGUCUGUUUUGCCACUUAGCAGUCAGCCAAAAAGGUCCUCUGACAUGUCCCAAAAUGCUCCUUUCUUCAUUGGUCAGUUGCUCCAGCCCUUUGACCAUUUUGGUUGCCCCUUUUCUGACCCUUUUCCAUAUCUGCAGCGAUCUUUUUAAAUGUGACCAAAAAAUGUACACAGUAUUCCAAGUGUGGCUGCACCAUAAAUCUGCAUGAAUACAUGGGAAUAAUACACUAAUAAAAAUAAAACAAACCAGAACAAAGGUGGCAUUGGAAGGUCUCUUUUCAAAUCACGGGAAGCCUAAAGUUUGUUAUCUUAGAAUCAUAGAGUUGGAAGGUACCCCAAGGGUCAUCUAGUCCAACCCUCUGCAAUGCAGGAAUCUUUAGCUCCAAUGAACCAGUUGGCAAGUCUAUUAGGAGGAUACUCCCUCUCUAAAGGAAGCUAGUAGACUUUGGUGUUUAUAACAGCAUUGAAGUAGUCUUGGAUAUAAAACAGCUUUUCCUAAUCCUCCACAUAUUUUAGACUACAGCUCCCACCAUCACUGACCAUUGGGCAUACUACCAUUGGAAGGUAGUAGGUUGGGGAAGGCUAAUACAAAGAAUGGUUCUGGUGCUCAUAGCACUUGUGUGGCUUCCAUGCCAGUUUCCCUUGAGCAUUGUUGUCAGUCAUGUUGUGGAAUGAUGACAGGCCUGCAUUUUGCUAAAAAGAUGCAUAUCUGCCCAAAUGGCCUACCUGGAGGCACAUAUGUUGAUAAUUAAGGAAACGGGGGUUCUUUUAAAUUACUUUAGACAUGCCAGCCUUCAUUUUAUGAGGCUUUCUAUUCAUGAGUUCACAGUACAAGGACUUCAUAACCCAAGCUUUUGUUUCUCAAGUUGCAUAUGCUCACGUUGGACAGAGAGGAAUCUGCUUUUAUUCAGAGUUCAGUUUUCAGGGGAAGUGGGUCUGCGUGGCAAGCAAAGGUUAGGUUCCAUCCAACUUUCUCUUUUGUGUGCAUGUGUGUGUAUAGAUCUGUAUAGAUUUAAUAUAAGUUAAGAAAGCUGAUUAUGCAAUCAGGGUUUUUCCUUUCAGAAAGUGAACAAUAUUAAUGGUAAGGCUGAGAACAUUAGCUUCAGUUUUACAACUGUGCCAGAACUUAGAGCAAAUAAAACAAUAGCCACAUACACAUGCUUUCCAUCUGUUACGCUGUCAUUGCCAUUUAUGUAGUCACAGUGAUAGCAGAUGAAAUAGGCUGUCAUCCAGAGCUCCAUUGGGCUCUGAUGCUCCCAGAGAGCUUUGCAUUUAGCAGGGAAUGCGCAGCAUCCUCAGAGUUAGGAAGCAGGGCUCAUUUCAUCCUGUUCUGCUGAAAGACCAGCUCCAUCAGGCCUCCCUCUCCCUCAAGAGUCCCCUGACAGCAGCUAUUCCAUCAGGCUGCCUCAGUAAGAAGGAUGCAGUUUGCAAGAGAUAUUAAAAAGUAUCUGUAAAGUUAAAAGCAAAUAAUUACAGCAUUUAUUUAAAAAACCCAAUAAAAAUCAACGAUAAACUAAUAAUGAUGAUGAUGAUUGAUGUUUGAGAUUGUAAGCAUCCAGGCAGGGUCUUAUUUUUAUUGAUUGUAUGUAAGAUUGCAUGGGAGCCUUUUUGGCUGAAGAGCUCUAAAUAAAUAAACAUAUUCCUGCCAGUAUUGGGCUAUGCCUCCUUAUACCGUGGCAUAGAACAGGCGUGUCCAACUCCCAAGAGACUGCGAUCUACUCCCAGUAUAAAAAAAAACCUGGCAGUGAUCUACCCAUUGUCAUUGGAGGGAGGAGGAGCGUUUUUGACCUUUGGGGGGGGGGGGGAUUGCACAGAGUUUGUAAGCUUUUCCCCCGUAACUUUUUGUACACAAUAAGGAUUCCGCAAUCUAUCAGGAUCAGCUGGGGAUCUACUGGUAGAUCGCAAUCUACUGGUUGGACAUCCCUGGCAUAGAAGAUUCCCCAGCAAAGCAUUAAAGUGACUGAUCCAACUCCUGCUUGAGCAAAGCUUCAUGAUUAUUACAUUGGAAGUUUUCGUGUUCUCCUGGAGUUGCUGGGUUGAUAAAACAGUGAGAGUUUAAAGGGAAAAAUUGGUUUAUAAUAUGUAAAAAUUUAAUGUUAUAAUAUAUCAAGAUUAAAGAUUAGGAUUAAAAAGGAGGGAAAGGAAUUGUUGGAUUAACAAAUCGAAUUGGAAUACAAAAGAGGGAGGUAUGAGGAGGUCCGGGAAACAAGUAAAUGUAUAACAAGUGAUGAAAAGAUGGAAUUGUUUUUAAUUGUUUUUUCUUUUUUGUACUUUGUAUUUUUUCUUUUUAUUGUUAAUUUUUUUUAUUAAUGUGAUUUUUCUUUUUUUGAAACUUUAAUAAAUACUAUUUUAAAAAAAUAAAAUAAAACAGUGAGAGUUUAGUAAACAUUUGUUUAAAAUACACAGCCUGGAAGAAUCCGGUUUAGCAUCUUGAUUAAGUAUCAAGGUACGAUAGGAAUAAAUAUUGUCACUUUUCAAAGUAUUUUUAAUUCCACUCUUCUACCAACUUUCAAAGCAGUUUACAGAUCAAUAAUAAUAACUACAACAAAAAGCAAUCCCUCAGGCAUGCAAUAUGAUGGACAUCACGCGAAAGAAAAGCAGAGAAAAGGGAAAAAAGCAAUCUCCAGCGCCUAUCAGAGUUACAGUUCUUUGAAUGACCAGCUGGGAUGGAAACAAUUCAGCUAGCCUGAUUGAAUGGCUUCUGCUCUGUGGGCAGUAGAAAGCAUUAUACAGUUUCGAAGCACAUCUUGACUUUCACAGGUACAAACCAAGUAAAUGGUGCCGUUUCCUGCCCACCUGCUUCAGUGUGUACCAUCCUCCUCUACCCCACCCCCCCACCCCAACCCCCCGCAUUCAGAUUAUAUGCCUAUGUGAAGGACUGUGCACACACAAAGGAUUACGGGCAAAGUUUCUCUGCAUUCAAGGUAAACACUCCUGUCAACUUGCAUCCUUCAAUGGCAAGUAGCUCUGUUCUUUCUCUGGUCAUGUUUAAAAAGGCAGCUUCCCAUUGGAGAUCCUGAGAGAUACAAAGGAAGGGGCUGAUGGCAUUGGGUUGGCAUCUGUCUGUGGCAGGAGUGUGGAACUUGUGGCUUUCCAGAUGGGUGUUGGACUUCAACACCCAUCAGCCUUGACUAUUGGCCAUGCUGGUUGGAGCUGAUGGGAGAUGCAGUUCAGCAACAUUUGGAGGGCCAAAGGUUCCCUACCCCUGGCGUAAGGCAUUCCUGAAAAUGAGCCUAUUGUUAUUUCAUAGAAUUGUAGUGUUGGAAGGGACCAUGAGGGUCAUCUAGUCCAACAGCCUAGAAUGCAGGAAUCUUUCACCCAACAUGGGGCUCAAAUUCCACAAUCCUGAGUUUUAGUCUCAUACAGGGCUUAAUGUGGGGGGCAGGGUGGUCAGAGUCUGGGGCACAUAAUUUUGAGUGGCACAAAUGAGGCGCCCCCAUGCAGGAAUCCUCGUACUGCCCUGCAUACCGCUACUCUAGCCCAAGUUAAGCAAACUUAAGCCCCAUUGUAAUAAAUGUGUUACAACUCUUUAUCUCAGCUUGGUUUGGGAUGUAAUUUUACAUCCAGUUGUACAUGAUUGAUUUGCGUGCAGGCCUAAAGCCAUUUGUUAAAAAGCUUGUGCAGUCUGGUUGGCAGAAACAAACAUCACUUUGUUAGUGUUUGCAUCACUUCUUUAACUAAAGUUCCUUGUGCACAGAAACCAACAAAGUCUAGCUUAACAUCUGCAUCCAUUUGGGAGCAAUAUUAUGGUACUGUUUCUACAAACAGUUGUGCCAUUGAAAUUAAUGUAAAACAAGCUUCCACCAUUGUUGAAUAAAUAUUGUAAACCUCUCCUUAUGUUAAAUAAACGUAAGCCUCUACUUAUGAUAGAUUAAUCUAAGUUUAUAUUGGAUUGGUGGAACCGGCAUAACUAGCACAAUCAUCGAAAAGUCCUGGCUAAGAGAUGGGUCUGAGGCAAUGAAUAAUCUAAUUAAAUACAAUUGCCCAAAAUUUAUACAGUAUUACAGAUACAGCACAAAUCACCCACCUCUUAACAGCCCUUAAAGCCUGCAAAACUGUAGGAUUUGUUACUAGAUCAUUGGUUAGCGUGUGCUUGUUCUUUAUAAAUAGUGUCUAAUUAGCUGUGAUAAUGAAUUCAGUCCAUUCAGCAAAAUACUUCCGUUUCGGCUUGCAGAUUUAAAUUUAAACUCCCCCCACCUAACAUAUAUCCAGUGCUUUAGGGAGCCGCUAUAAAUUGUCCAUUAAGAUUUUAGCAACCAGGCAACAUGUUUCUUGUCUUCUGUUGAAUACCAAAAGCAACCUUUGUCAGUAAGACGCGUAAUUCAGUUUCAUAAUCAACUUGUGUACAACUGCAGAGCAUUUGCUUUAAGGAUACUGAUGCUGGCAAAACUUGCAACUUCUGCCCAUGUGGUAAGGCUAGAAUUUGUGGGGGUGCAUAAUAUUAGAAUGAACACACACCCUGAUGGGGCAGGCAUUGGUAGCUGGCACAUAACCAUUUCAUCAACAUCAAAGCAUUUGUGGAAGUCACUGACAUUGCAGGGAGCAACCACUGCACAAUUGCAAUCACACCGCUCCAGAGAGCGGUGCAUCCAUCAGGGAGCAAUAUUAUGGUACUGUUUCUACAAACAGUUGUGCCAUUGAAAUUAAUGUAAAACAAGCUUCCACCAUUGUUGAAUAAAUAUUGUAAACCUCUCCUUAUGUUAAAUAAACGUAAGCCUCUACUUAUGAUAGAUUAAUCUAAGUUUAUAUUGCGUGAUAGUCGCUUUCUAUACAAGUUUUCAUUUAGGCACCCUUUGAGUAAGUACAUGCAUUGGGGAAAAAUAAUAAAGCAUGCUUUGGAAUAAUUAGGGUGUCAACUUGGAAAUAACAAAAAAAAAUAAAUGCUAGUGGCCUUGUAUUUCUAGAUCCACAAGUAUGAAUGAAUGAAUGAAUUUAUUAAUACGGUCACAGACCAGCGCCAACACACACAACAUCAGAGAUCCACAAGUAGUUGUUUAAUUUCUUCAGGAGCAUGAGCAUUUGUUUAAAAAAAGAAGAGAGAGGAAACAUGAAAUGGUUAAUGCAUAAGUAGUGUCAAAAUGUGAGAGAGACAUAAGCCUUCAUGGCAUUAUGUAGUUCUUAAUAUUUUGUAUGUUUUCUCACUAAUAGAAAGACUUCUGCAGCUUAAAAAUACCUUGUUUUCUGAGCCAAAUGGGUGUUUACUGAUUUGGCUUUGCAGUACCACUUAGUAAUUGUCAUGCUGAAUCUAUUUUGUAUUCAUGUGGGUGACAUAUGUUGUUGUUGCCGUUUAAUAGAAAUUCCACAAUUACCCUAAACUCUGAUUGUAUUUCAGAACAUUUCAUAUAUUAUAGAUACCAUUUCUAGACUGCUAUAGUGAUAACAAGUGUGUAGAUUUAUCUAAAAGGUAUUACUAUCCUCGUAAUGCAAUCCUGUACAUACUGGAAGUUAGUUCCAGCCUCAGAACCCAGUACAGUGGUACCUUGGGUUAAGAACUUAAUUCGUUCCGGAGGUCCGUUCAUAACCUGAAACUGUUCUUAACCUGAAGCACCACUUUAGCUAAUGGGGCCUCCUGCUGCCGCCGCGCCACCGCCGCAUGAUUUCUGUUCUCAUCCUGAAGCAAAGUUCUUAACCCAAGGUACGACUUCUGGGUUAGCGGAGUCUGUAACCUGAAGCGUCUGUAACCUGAAGCAUCUGUAACCUGAGGUACCACUGUACUGUAUUCUCACUGAUACAUGUGAACAGCUCUGAGAGUGCGCCUCUCUCUCUCUCUCUCUCUCUCUCUCGUUGAAUAGUGAGGUAAAAUGCCAGUAAGUAAGUAAGAAUGAAUGAAUGAAUGCUGGUUUGCAACGUCGAUUGGUAAACACAGACGCCAGUAGGGAUGGAUAAAUUUUUGGCCAGACCUGGAUUGUGGUGCACAACACAGAAUCUCCACCUGACAUCUCUCAGAUCACCAAUUUAAAGCUUUACUCCUGUGCAUUGAACCAAGCGGAGCUUACUUCCAAGUAAACAAACAUAGGCCUGUGCUUCAUGAUACUCCCUGCACUCCACGUCCUGACUUUGUAGCAUAUAUGCAUUUUACAUUUUUCUCCUUUGUCUAAAAUGUGUCUUUUUCUCUCUCUUCUCUCAUUCUCUCAUUCAGGUAUCAAAUCCAUACUGGUCUUCAGCAUUCAGUCAUAAGGCCCACUCAGCCUAACUGUUUACCGCUGGAUAAUGUGACACUACCUCAGAAGCUGAAGGAAGCUGGCUACUCUACCCACAUGGUUGGCAAAUGGCACUUGGGCUUCUACCGCAAGGAAUGCAUGCCAACACAGCGAGGGUUUGAUACCUUUUUUGGCUCUCUCUUGGGCAGCGGCGAUUAUUACACUCAUUACAAAUGCGACAGUCCUCGGAUGUGCGGCUACGACUUGUAUGAGAAUGACAAUGCUGCAUGGGAUCAUGACAAUGGCAUGUACUCAACGCAGAUGUACACACAAAGAGUGCAACAAAUCUUAGCCUCCCAUAACCCCAGGAAACCCCUAUUUUUGUACAUUGCAUACCAAGCUGUCCAUUCUCCACUUCAGGCACCAGGCAAGUAUUACGAGCGUUACCGAUCGAUAAAUAAUAUAAACCGACGUAGGUAUGCUGCUAUGCUGGCAUGCUUGGAUGAAGCUAUCAACAAUGUGACUCUUGCAUUAAAGAGGUAUGGUUAUUAUAACAAUAGCAUUAUCAUUUACUCAUCUGACAAUGGAGGGCAGCCCACAGCCGGUGGAAAUAACUGGCCUCUCAGAGGAAGCAAGGGGACAUACUGGGAAGGAGGGAUCCGAGCAGUUGGCUUUGUUCAUAGCCCUCUGCUUAAAAACAAGGGGUGUGUAUGCAAGGAGCUCAUCCACAUAACAGACUGGUUCCCUACUCUGAUCAUGUUAGCCGAAGGGCAGAUUGAUGAGGACACUGAACUGGAUGGCUAUGACGUGUGGGAGACCAUAAGUGAAGGCCGGCGGUCUCCAAGGAUGGAUAUUUUGCACAACAUUGAUCCUAUCUACACCAAAGCCAAAAAUGGUUCCUGGGCAGCUGGCUUUGGACUAUGGAACACAGCGAUUCAGUCAGCAAUCCGUGUGAACCACUGGAAACUAUUGACGGGGAACCCAGGAUACAGCGACUGGGUCCCUCCGCAGUCAUUCAGUAAUGCUGGCCCCAGUCGCUGGCACAACGAACGAGUUUCAUGGACCGCUGGGAAAACCGUGUGGCUGUUCAACAUCACGGCUGACCCAUAUGAGCGAGUGGACCUUUCCAGUAAGUACCCAGAGGUGGUAAAGCAGCUGUUGCGUAGGCUUUCGCAGUUCAACAAGACUGCUGUCCCCGUCCGAUACCCACCUAAGGACCCCAGGAGUAACCCCAAUUUUAAUGGAGGCGCUUGGGGCCCAUGGUUCAAGGAGAAUGAGAAGAAGAAGAAACCCAGCAAAAACAAAGCAGACACUAAGCAAAAUAAAAAUAAAAACAAGAAGAAACCUGACAGAAGAAAAGGACAUUCCCUAAGGUGCUUUGCAGGUGGAUAGUUUCAGUGGUUCCCUAAGGUGCUUUGCAAUGGUUUCUUAUGCUGCAAUCCUAAGGAUACAUACUGAGAAAGACUACCAAAUGUAGUGGUAGCUAAACUUCCAGGUAACUGUUUAGGCUCAAGAGUCCAUUGCUAAACCAGAGCAAAACAGUCCCCAAAAUUUAUAAUUUGCAGACAUACCAACACAGUAGAAGUGCCAUUUUUCUUUGGUCUUGUAUUGUAGCAACAGAUACAUAUGUCAGAUGCAGUUGCCCUCACUACCUUAUCUUCCAUACAAUGGAGGGUUACUCACACAUUAUUGCUCACACCAUAGGGGAAAGGCUGCAGCUCAGUGAUAGAGCAAAAGUGUUGCAUGCAGAAGAUCCUCUGUUCCACCCCCAGCCACUCCAGGUAGGGCUGGGAGACUCUCCUGUCUUAAAGCCAUGGAGAUCUGCUGCCACUCAGUGCUGAAAAUUCUGAGCUAGGUGGACCAAAGGUCUGACUUGGUAUAAUGCAACUCCCUGUGGUCUUAUGCUGUCUCUGUACCCUACUUUUGUAGAACACAUGGUGAUAUGUGUUCAAAUGCACCUGUUUAUUUUAAUAACCAUGUAAAAAGCUAUAUUGGUAAAAUAUUCUCCAUUGCUGGGAGAAAAUAAAGACCAAAAAAGGGAUAAAACAUUAAAAUGAGUUGCCCCCUUAUGUUAUCUUGAUGAAGCACAGCCAGCCAUUAAGCUACCAGAAAUAGCCUGAAUAACUUGUGAAAAAGCUGCUUCUAAUUAAAUUUUGCCUAGCUUUCAACUGGAAAGGAUUUUUUCCUUCCCAGAAUGUGCCAGGCUACAAUUCCUUCCAAUAAAAACAAGCUAUGCACACACAUACAAAACUGCUAAUACAUGGUUAUAAUUACAGAAAUAUGUAGAGUUACAGAUUGAAACUCUUUGCUGGAUUAUGUGCGCACAAUCCCAUACAAUAUAUACACAGAAUUGUGCACAGAAUUGCAGCCUUAUAAAGGUAUUCACCAGGUGUUACUGCUGAGCACCAGCAGUGCUUGGUAGAUUGCAUACCAACUGUCUGAAUCCAAAAGGCUGUGUGCACUUCGGCACAUAUGAAGUUUCAGAUAAGUAGGCUUUCUCUAUUCACUUUAAUAAAUGAUUUGAGUGCAUUAAGGUGGCCAGCCUUCAACCAUGAAGCAUAUAUAAAAAGAAAGUCUUACUGACUUAGCAAGAGGUUGCUUAUAUGUAUGGAUUGUAGCCAGUGGCAGAAAGAGCCAGGCAUGCAGCCCAGUCCCAUUGUUGAUUGGAGAAGGCAAAGAUCCAUGAACACAAGCCGUUCUGCAGCUGAUAAUGAGAAGAAGCUCAUUCAGGAUGUCCAACUGAUGAAUGGAUGGGCAUAGUCUAAAUAUGGUUCACAGCUUCCUCUGUUGAAGAGAGAGAGGUCAGAAAAUAGUUUUCGGCAAAUGCCUUACCCCAGAGGUUUUCAACCUUUUUGAGUCCACGGUUCCCUUGGUCAACUACAUUCUUUCUGCGGCACCCCUGUGGGGCUCAGGAGGCCAGUUAUGUCACCCUUUUUUUGAACACCCUCCCUUGUGGAGUAUUCCCUGAGACUCCUUUGUUCUCCCCUCUCCUUGGGAGUCCUCUGGGCAGCCGCAGCCACCCACCCCAAAUAGAGUUGCCUACUCACACUGCCUCACAGGGGCCUAGCCAGCCAGAGGCACCAUUUGCCUGGGUAGCUUGUAACCAAGGCUGCUGCAAUAAACAGCUGUGUUAGCCUUUGGGAAGCAGAGAUGCAAGAGGGCAUCAGAGCCCAGGGUGCCAUGGCACACUGCUUGAAAACCAUUGCCUUAGCCACACUAUGCAAACCCUAACACCUGUGGUGGAAAAGGAUUUUCACUUUCCAUUGCCAGACUUCAGAACUUCCCAUUCCGGGUGCUGAUGUAAGGCCAGCUCCCACUGUUCCAAACAGAGGAAACCUGUGACCCUCUUGAUGAUGUUGGACUGCAGUUCCCAUCAUCCCUGAACUUCAUUGGCCAUGCUGGCUGGGCCUAAUGGAAGUGGGUCUGCCACAAUAUCUGGAAGGCUGUAGGUUCCCCACCCCUUCACUAUUCACUCAUCCAUGGGUAGUCUCACCCUGAAACAACAGUCUGUAGUAGGUCCUGUUUGUGAAGGAAGCUAAGCAAGGGAAGAAGAGGCCUGAGACAAGGGGAGAACAGUAACAACUGUGACAGGUUGGUAACUUGGCAGCAUUAGCGAGGUGAACAAGUGGAAUACUUCAGCUUGUAAUACAUACAUAAUUUAUUUUGAGGUACAGCACACCAAUGACUUUUUGCUCCCAUAGUUUUCCUGCGGGUCAUUUGUUAGUCCACUGUUAUUCCUAGGAGAAUGUUGUUUCAUGUAGCAAUAUCUGCAAGUACUGUAAAAUCAGAAAUAACUGUAAGAGGGGGAGUUAUCUGGGUGCAUUCUUGCAUUCUGCGUUUUGUCUGCAAGCAUGUUAAAGUGGUUAUCUGGCUGUGUAGUCACACACUUUUCUUUAUGGAAGCAAAACUCUUGGAUGUUUAAAGAAGAGGGAGGAAGGGGGAAUGGAAAAAGGGUAAACUCUAAACAUUUUAUUUAUGUAUCUAUUAAAAAUAGUUUAUUUUUAUGGUGAUGAUCAGAA